CUUAUAAAGGGCGCGGGCCGGGGCGCGCCUCACUCCGCCGAGGGCCUGUGACGUGCGCCUGCGCAGUGCGGCCCCCUCCCGCCCCCGGCCCCGCCAGCCGGCCGCCGCCUCUCCGCCCCUCGGCCGGCCGGGCCCCGCCUCGGUGCGCGCCUCUGCCCGCCGCAGCCGCCGCUCUCCCCGCAGCAGCCCGCCCGGCGUCCGGCAGCAUGUUCAGCUGGGUGAGCAAGGACGCGCGGCGCAAGAAGGAGCCGGAGCUCUUCCAGACGGUGGCCGAGGGGCUGCGGCAGCUGUACUCGCAGAAGCUGCUGCCCCUGGAGGAGCACUACCGCUUCCACGAGUUCCACUCGCCGGCGCUGGAAGACGCCGACUUCGACAACAAGCCCAUGGUGCUGCUCGUGGGCCAGUACAGCACCGGCAAGACCACCUUCAUCCGGCACCUGAUCGAGCAGGACUUCCCGGGAAUGCGCAUCGGGCCCGAGCCCACCACCGACUCGUUCAUCGCGGUCAUGCACGGCCCCACUGAGGGCGUGGUGCCGGGCAACGCGCUCGUCGUGGACCCGCGGCGGCCCUUCCGCAAGCUCAACGCCUUCGGCAACGCCUUCCUCAACAGGUUCAUGUGCGCCCAGCUGCCCAACCCGGUCUUGGACAGCAUCAGCAUCAUCGACACGCCCGGCAUCCUGUCCGGAGAGAAACAGCGCAUCAGCAGAGGGUACGACUUCGCGGCCGUCCUGGAGUGGUUCGCCGAGCGCGUCGACCGCAUCAUCCUGCUUUUCGACGCCCACAAGCUGGACAUCUCGGACGAGUUCUCCGAGGUCAUCAAGGCCCUCAAGAACCACGAGGACAAGAUCCGCGUGGUGCUGAACAAGGCCGACCAGAUCGAGACGCAGCAGCUGAUGCGGGUGUACGGGGCCCUCAUGUGGUCCCUGGGCAAGAUCAUCAACACGCCCGAGGUGGUCCGGGUCUACAUCGGCUCCUUCUGGUCCCACCCCCUCCUCAUCCCCGACAACCGCAAGCUCUUCGAGGCCGAGGAGCAGGACCUGUUCAAAGACAUCCAGUCCCUGCCCCGCAACGCCGCCCUCCGGAAGCUCAACGACCUCAUCAAGCGGGCGAGGCUGGCCAAGGUGCACGCCUACAUCAUCAGCUCCCUCAAGAAGGAGAUGCCCAACAUGUUCGGCAAAGAGAGCAAGAAGAAGGAGCUGGUGAACAACCUGGGCGAGAUCUACGCCAAGAUCGAGCGGGAGCAUCAGAUCUCCGCCGGCGACUUCCCGAGCCUCCGCAAGAUGCAGGAACUCCUGCAGACCCAAGACUUCACCAAGUUCCAGGCCUUGAAGCCCAAGCUGCUGGACACAGUGGACGACAUGCUGGCCAACGACAUCGCCCGGCUGAUGGUGAUGGUGCGCCAGGAGGAGUCCCAGAUGCCCUCCCAGGUCGUCAAGGGCGGGGCCUUCGACGGCACCAUGAACGGGCCCUUCGGGCACGGCUACGGCGAGGGGGCCGGGGAAGGCAUAGACGACAUCGAGUGGGUGGUGGGCAAGGACAAGCCCACCUACGACGAGAUCUUCUACACGCUGUCGCCCGUCAACGGCAAGAUCACGGGCGCCAACGCCAAGAAGGAGAUGGUGAAGUCCAAGCUGCCCAACACGGUGCUGGGCAAGAUCUGGAAGCUGGCCGACGUGGACAAGGACGGGCUGCUGGACGACGAGGAGUUCGCCCUGGCCAACCACCUCAUCAAGGUCAAGCUGGAGGGCCACGAGCUGCCCACCGACCUGCCCCCGCACCUGAUCCCGCCCUCUAAGCGGAGGCUCGAGUGACCAGCUGGCCCCGGGCAGCCAGCCGGCGGGAUGGGGGGAGGGGAGGGUCGCCGGUUCUCAAGGCCCAUAAAGACUGAGUGGACCUGAAAAGGAAACCACCAUCUUUCUUUUAAAGGGGAGGCAGGGUGAUACUCGUAUGUGAAUGAUGGAAUUUUAUGCACAAGAACUAUGGAUAUUUUUAAUAUAUAUCGUUAGAGGCGGCCUUCUUUCUUGCCUCCUCCUCCGUCUGACAGCCCCAUGCCUUCACACACUCAGCUGGCCUCCCCGCCUGCCUCCCGCUCUGGCUGGGCAGCACUCGGCGCCCCAUGACCACUCCCGGUGCCCCCCUGGCAGCUGCCGGGCACUGGGCCUGUGUGGACAGGAGUGACCGGAUCUGGUUUAUUCCUAAGCUGAGCGAUGCUCCUGGCUGCCUCCCCAUGUCCCGGACUCGGUUCUUGUGCCUUCUGCCACCUCAGCCCCAGCACACAGCCCUGCUCUGCUCCCAUAGCCUCCCGCCCUCGCUUGGCAGUCACGGAAGCAAGGCCCAGCUGCCUCUGGGGGGUCGGGUGGGGCGUGUGUGAAAGAGAACAUGUUCCAGAGAUACAUAAGCUAGUGUCGGUUCUGUAAAAGGAACACCCCUCAUACUCGAUGAGUGUUCCAGUCCCUUCCCAGCCACUCCUCCAGAAGCUGUGAUUUUUGUCUCCGUCCCGCUCUCACCUGGGGCAGCUCUGCCAGGGGCCGUUAGGGUGUGUGCAGAGCUCCCCACAGGUGUUCUCUGUGGCACCCUCUCCGCCCCUGGACAUUCUGGUGCACCUCCCCGCCCCCCCUGGGGUGGGGGCCAGGUCCUCGAGAACUUGGCACAGUUUGGUGCUCCAGCCCCGGCCUCGUGGCCAGAGACCAGGGACAACCAGCCCCUUCCCUCCUUCACCUCCAUCACUUCCCAGGGAAGCCGCUCCGACCUUCCCUCCCUUGACCAAAGGAAGGUGGGGCGCCCUUAGAGCAACCCCUUCCCCAGGCUGAGGACCAGGCAGCGCGGCCAGCUCAGGCCGCCUCACUGCCGCCUCGGCCGGGCCGUCUGAGCAGCGUGGAGGCCGGACACACCGCUGGCUCCACGGCCUGCAGCCGUCACUCCCCGGGGCCUCAGGGAAUCCUGCACUCUGACCUCUCCAGCCCCCAGCGCUGCUCUCCAGGCGUCCGUCCGCGGGGUCCCAGUGGCCAGGAGCCGGCCCGGCCCGCCAGGCCGUACGGUGGUGGGUGAGGGUGACGUGCAUUGUUGAGAACUCAGUUUCCGGGGCAGUGGCUUUUCCACGCUCACCUGUGGGAAGAGAAGCAACUAAGACAAGACUUUCUUGAAUUAAAGAAGUUUGUGCUGAA